AUGGACUAACAUUUUUUGAGACGAAUCAAUUUAGAAAAAAAAGUUUUGCUAAAACUAUUUUUAAAUAAUUUUUAUUAAAAUAAUAUUAAAAUGGGAAAAAAAAAAAUUCUGAAUAGUCCACUUUAUUCAUUCAUAUAAUAAAAAGUAAAAAGUGACAUGGAUGUAAAACCACUGAGGUCAUUCCUCUCUCUCGCUCUCUCCACAGAACUCGCUGCUGCGCGAAACGAUAGCCAGGCGGCGAGGGUAACGGCUUAAUUGGGGGAGUUGAUGGCGUCUAAGUUGCAUCAAUUGCAAUCCAAGGUUACUCAAGCUUCGCAGUUUGUGGCGAAGCAUGGAUGUGCCUAUACAAAGCAGUUGCUGGAGCAGAACAAGCAAUACAUCCAGGAACCACCUACAGUGGAGAAAUGCAACCUGUUGUCAAAGCAGUUGUUCUACACUCGUCUUGCUAGCAUUCCUGGUCGUUAUGAGGCAUUUUGGAAAGAACUAGAUCAUGUAAAGCACUCGUGGAAGAACAGGCAAGAGCUGAGGGUGGAGGAUGCUGGCAUUGCCGCUUUGUUUGGGCUGGAAUGUUUUGCAUGGUUUUGCGCGGGUGAGAUAGUGGGAAGGGGAUUUACAUUCACCGGGUAUUAUGUCUGAUAACCGACUAUUUCGAAAAUGUUUCAAGAAAUUGGUUUUAAGCUUCUUCUGUCAUUAUGGGAUUUCAGUCCCUUACGCUCUCUACAUUCGAAGUUUCUGUGUUUCUGCAAAAUUUUUGAAGCUGGAUUGUCAGUGUAUAAGUUGGGCAACCUCAAUAAUCCCCAUGUAUUUUGGUGACAUCCUUCCCUGCUUCUGCGAAGUGGAACCUGCGGUUUUGUUAUUUCCAUUGGAAGCUACUGCUAGUUUUGAAUGAUUUUAGUCAGGCCAAAAGGGUUCUCUCUGGUUUUCUUCUUCCAUCAAUUCUCCUUCUCCAUGACUAAUGAUAUCCUUUGGGCUGUGUUGCCCAUGAUAAUUGAUUGUCACCGUGGAUUAUCUUU